UCUCCGAAACCUGUCUUCUUCUGCGGAACACAAAUACCCUGAAGGUUUCUUUGCCUUCGGUCCUUUUCGCUUCCACCUUUUCUUCGUCUCGACCAGAAACUGUAGACGACGGAGAGACAGUCCCCACAGGGCACCGCGAGAAGUGUCUCGCGAUUUGACGCGAAGACUUUUGAGUAAAAAAUCGAAAAAAAAAUCGCAAAAAAUUAAAUAAAUUGUCCUCGACCUUGUUGCUUCCUCGUCUUUUCGCUCGCAUUAUUUCCUGUGGUCUUUGCGCCGCGUAAGUCGUUUGGAAACUGUCUGAUUCGUCCUGGGGUGACAACACCGACGGAGGAGGAGAGGCGCUGUACAAAGAACUCUCUCGUCUUUCCGUUUCCUCUUUACUUUGUUUUUCUCCAACCGUUUCUCCGUAGGUCCACUUGCCUCUUGGCGCUGUUUGCGGGUGAGUCCUGAGAAAGGACUCCACUUCGUGUACUCCUCUCUCCAGUCUUGCAGCUUCCGAGACUCCUCUGGAAGUUCCUCUUCCCGUUCUUCACUGCUCUCUCCUUUCUCUGUCUUUCGUCUUCCUGUGCCUCUCCUUUCUCUGUCUUUCGUCUUCCUGUGUCUCUCCUUUUGCGCGUCUUUUCGCGCGGCGUUCUUCCUUGCCUGUGAGACUCGUCUUUGUCUUGCGCCGUCAAGUCUUUUCGCCUUCGCCGCCGAGAUGGGGAAGAAGUCUCAGGGACUGAAGAAGGCCGGGCACAAAGCCGCGCACCUUCCUGCCUUCCAAAGAGGCUCUUCGAGUACAAAUCCCGACCGGAAGUUGCCGGACAACAAGAAGAAAGGCUUUUAUCGCUCGAAGAGCACCAUCAAGUUGCUGAAUCUGUACAAAAGUAAACCGCAGCAGGGGAAGGAACCGCAGCCGACAGCCCCCGCGCGCAUUCAGCCUGACAGACGCUGGUUCGGCAACACUCGCGUCAUCGACCAGUCGAAGCUUUCUCUCUUCCGCGAGGCUCUCAGCCAGGCCGACAAUAAUCCCUACAGCGUCGUUCUGAAGCGCUCGAAACUGCCUCUGUCGCUGCUGGCGCCGUCCGCGCCUGGACGCACAGAGCACUUCGACGAGGGCGGCCAGGAGACGAGCACGGUGCCGCAGACGCGCGGCUCAGCCAUUCUUUCUCUCCAGUCUUUCUCCGAUACUUUCGGAGACAAACGGACGCGGAAACGGCCGCAGCUGCAAGCCAGCGACCUCGGCGAACUCGCUCGACAGGCAGAACGUCGACAAGCGUCUUUCCAGGAAGGUCGUGGGGGCGCCGGCGGCGAAGACGAGGGAGACGAGACUGCGUUUUCUCGUGACGACCCUCGCGGCCAAGACUCUGGCGACGAGACAGCUGCCGCCUCAGAAAAGAUUUUCAAGAAAGGAACUUCUCGUCGAAUCUGGGGGGAACUUUACAAAGUCAUUGAUUCCUCAGACGUCAUUGUGCAGGUCGUCGAUGCCCGCGACCCCCUGGGGACGCGAUGUUUCCGCGUCGAGAAGUAUCUCCGAAGCCACAAACAGUCGAAGCACAUGAUUCUCGUUCUCAACAAGAUCGACUUGAUUCCCUCUCAGGUCGCUCGGAUCUGGGUCCGCCGCUUCUCGAAGGAACUACCGACUCUGCCGUUUCAAGCGAAAAAGCAGGAAAAGGCCGCUGGCCGUCUGCAGCUCUUCCAGCUCUUGCGGCAGUACGUACAGCUGAUGAGUGACAGAAAACAUGUCUCUGUCGGCUUUAUCGGCUAUCCGAAUGUCGGAAAAAGUUCGAUUAUCAAUGCGCUUCGCAGCAAGCAGGUGUGUCGCGCUGCGCCAAUUCCGGGAGAGACUCGCGUAUGGCAGUACGUCGCCCUGACGAAGCGUCUUUACCUCAUCGAUUGCCCGGGGAUUGUUCCUGCAAGUGCUUCGAUUUCUGAUUCCCUUCGAGUCAUUCGCGGAGUGGUGAGGCCAGAAAGAAUUGCAUGUCCAGAGGAGCAUAUCGACGAAGUUCUCCAGCGCGUCCAGGAGGAGAGCAUUCGCGCUCGAUACAGUCUGCCCGACGCAUGCAAGUGGACAGACUCUGAAUCUUUUCUAGCUGUGCUGGCCAAGAAAAAAGGGAAACUUCUCAAAGGCGGCGAACCGGACAUCUCCACUGCGGCGAGAAUAGUCUUGUACGACCUCCAGCGCGGUCGCCUUCCUUACUACGUCCCCCCGCCUGUCGACCCAAAUGCUCCCGAGGAAGAGAGCGGCGACGAGAACAAAGGGAAGAAGAGAGACAGAGAAAACCGAGAAGACGAAGAAGACGGCGAGGGUGGAGACGAAGGAGAAGAAGGAGACGAGGAAGAAGACAAUGGAGAGGAAGAGUCAGCUGGACCUCCGGGAAAGAAGGAGUCGUCUGCGGCAAACGCUAUGAAACGGCGACGACAGACUGAGGCGGCAGAAGCGGAGAAAGACGUUUCGGAGAAGAAAAUAGCGAAGAAUGCGGAGGCCGCGCCGGGCAAGAAGACGCCGACAGGCACACAGACACCCGGGCCAAGUGGGAAGAGGGGAACGAGGAAGGCGGGAGAGAAGAAGAAAACGCAGGGCAUGAAGGUCGUCAGUGAGGCCGAUCUGGCCAAGACUCUCGUCGAUGAAUUCGAGGCGUGAUAUCGAGGAAGGAAACAGAGCGCGAAAAAGAGCAAAGCGCGAGCAAGAGAGGGACAGCGAGAGGAUAGGGAAAGGAGAGGAAAGCGAAAAGAGAGAAGGAAAACAGGAGAGUGACGGUAUCAGGUCGGGGAUCGUAGAGGAGAGAAAGAGGGCAGAUCGAAGACGAGAGAAAACAGAAAAGGAAAAGAGGGAGAGAGGGGAAUUCCGGAUCUGAUGUCCCUAAACGAAUAUGUUUAGCAAGACAGCAUUUGCAGGUGUCUCACACUUCCGUUCUCUCGGCUUCUUCGCGAGUCGCAAAAGGUUCUGCAACUUGAGAAAAACCUUCUCCUUCUCCCUCUUGUUCUCGCGGUCACCUCGGGGUCGUGCAGGCGCACAGCUCUUGGCCGUUUCUUCUGAACAACGCGCAUGCCUGUACGCCUUCAGACGAGAGAAGCUCUCGCUGCGACUUCUUCCACAAACGUCGAAAGCCAUAUCUGCCC